CACUGAGCAUCUUCUGGAGCGCGGAGCGGCCAAGAUGAAGCGAGGGAACCGCCGGAGUCUGACGUUUCCUCCAGGGUGUCCGCCGCGGGGAAGCCGACGCUGAGACCAACGGAGGCUCUGAACUCAUCCAUUGUGGUUUCGUUUUUUUUUACACAAUAUCACCGGCGACGCCGAGAACGGACAUCAUAGAAGAGCGUCUGUGGAGGUUUCAUCUGACAGCAAGUUUCAUCUUGAAGCGAGACGCUGUGUGUGAAAGGGAUCAUAACGGCUGACGCCGAAGAAGACACGGACAAACCCGGACACCCUUGAGGCUCCGCCUUCCCCUGCUCCUCCCCCCACUGCACCGUGACUCCGCCCUCAGGAUGUGGGAGGACGCCUGGAGGUGUGUCCUGUGGCUGGGUCUCCUGGCGUGGACGGUUUCCGCCCACGGCGCUGCCAACCCUUUCCAGGGCCAACAGGCCACGCCCCCUGACCCUUGCUACGACGAGGCGGGCGCCGCCUGCCGCUGCAUCCCCGAGUUCAUCAACGCCGCCUUCGGCCAGGAGGUGGUGGUGUCCAGCGUGUGCGGCCGGCCGCCGUCCCGCUCCUGCAGCGUGCUGGAGCGCGGCGAGGACCGGCCCCCCGUGCGCGCCUGCCAGGUGUGCGACGCGGCGGACCCCCGGCGCGCGCGGCCCGCCUCCCACCUCACCGACCUCAACUCGGCCCACAACCUGACGUGCUGGCAGUCGGAGAACCUGAGCGCCUCGCCGCACAACGUCACCCUGGCGCUCUCGCUGGGCAAGAAGUUUGAGAUCACCUACGUCAGCCUGCAGUUCUGCUCGCCGCGGCCCGAGUCGCUCGCCAUCUACAAGAGCAUGGACUACGGCAAGACGUGGACGCCCUACCAGUUCUACUCGUCGCAGUGCCGCCGCAUGUACAACCGGCCCGGCCGCGCCGCCAUCACCAAGCAGAACGAGCAGGAGGCGCUGUGCACCGACGGCCACACCGACCCCCACCCGCCCUCCGGGGGGCUCAUCGCCUUCAGCACGCUGGACGGGCGGCCGUCGGGGAAGGACUUCGACAACAGCCCCGUGCUGCAGGACUGGGUGACGGUCACCGACAUCCGGGUGGUCCUGAGUCGGCCCCGGCCCCCCGGGGAGCUGGGGAACAACGGGGGGGGGAGGGAGGACGGCGAGCAGGGCGCGUCGCCGACCACCUCGCUGCCCCCCUACUUCUACGCCGCGGGGGACUUCCAGGUGGGCGGGAGGUGCAAGUGCAACGGCCACGCCUCGCGCUGCCUGAAGGACAAGGAGGGGAAGCUGGUGUGCGACUGCAAGCACAACACAGAGGGGCCCGAGUGCGACCGCUGCAAGCCCUUCCACUACGACCGGCCCUGGCAGAGGGCCAACGCCCGCGAGGCCAACGAGUGCCUCCCAUGCAACUGCAACCUUCACGCGCGGCGCUGCCGGUUCAACAUGGAGCUGUACAAGCUGUCGGGCCGCAAGAGCGGCGGCGUCUGCAUGAACUGCCGCCACAACACGGCGGGGCGCCACUGCCACUACUGCAAGGAGGGCUUCUACCGGGACAUGGCCCGACCCGUCACCCACCGGCGGGCCUGCAAAGCGUGUGACUGCCACCCGGUGGGCGCGGCUGGUAAGACAUGUAACCAGACAACGGGACAGUGCCCGUGUAAGGACGGCGUUACCGGGGUAACCUGCAACCGCUGCGCCAAGGGCUACCAGCAGAGUCGCUCGCCUGUCGCACCCUGCAUCAAAAUCCCAGUGGUCAACCCGACAGCCCUGAUCAGCAGCACUGAGGAGCCAGCAGACUGCGAGUCCUACUGUAAACCUGUGAAGGGAAACCUGAAGAUCAACAUGAAGAAAUACUGCAAGAAGGACUAUGCGGUGCAGGUGAACGUGCUGGACAUGGAGACGCUGGGCGACUGGGCCAAGUUCUCCGUCAUGGUGGUGUCGGUGUACAAGAGCCGCGGGGAGCCGCUGAAGCGCGGCGACAACGUGCUGUGGAUCCACAUGAAGGACCUGGCCUGCAAGUGUCCCAAGAUCCAGAUGAGCAAGCGCUUCCUGGUGAUGGGAGGGGGGUCCGAGGGAGUGGGGGGCGGGGGGCCCGCGGCGGGGGGAGGAGCCGUCGGCGGGGGUGCCGGAGGUGGAGCGGCGGGGGCGGAGCAGCGGGUGGGCCUGGUGGCGGAUAAGAACAGCCUGGUCAUCCAGUGGAGGGACGUAUGGACGCGGCGGCUCAGGAAGUUCCAGCGCAAGGAGAAGAAGGGCAAGUGUGGCAAAGCAUGAUGACCGCCACCAUGCUCUGCCCCACCUCCUCCUAUUCAGCCCUCCACCCCUCCUAUCUACCUUUAAACUGUGACCCCCACCCGCCCUUCCCCGUGACUCCUGGUCGGGAGGGGAGCUAACGACAC